CGUCAGAUGAUUAAAUGCUUUGCCCAGUUGUCGGAGGUUACGAAGCAAGAGGAGCAAUCCACUGAAGCUAGAGUUCCUCGAGCGCUGGGUGCAGCAUGGAAAGAACUGUAUAACUAUGCUCGUUACUUCCGCGAUAUUUCGACGCAAGAACCGCAUCGUCUGGAAGACCCCAAUCGAAUAUUGUCCAUCGUUAGAUCCAUUGGAGCAGAUAGCGGCGACGGAAGCACUGAUCGGACGCUAGGCGACGCUUUACAUCACUUCUCACUGAAUUGCCUGAAGUCGAAUAUCAACGAGAUGGUGGCUGGGCGGCCUUCGCUUUUUGGCAACCAAGCGGAAGUGGAACGCGCAACAUCCGUCGACGAGCUCGCCGAUGCGUACCUUAGUAUGGCGCAGUUUUGUUAUGAGUCGCUCGAUACAACUAAAACGGAAGCGGAACAGAGCCUACUCGAGAGGGAACUAAUCAUCUCGCUCCUCUCGGCUAUGCAGUACGGUUCUGGGGAAGCACGUCAGCUGUUUCCUGUUCUGCUUCAACUUCGUAAUCUUCACAAUGACGCUCUGCGGGAAGAGUUCAUUCAGCAGUCGAGCACGGUACCGACGUGGCUCUUCCUACCGUGGAUCCCACAGAUCCUUUCCUAUCUUCGACUUACUGUUGCUGACGUCGGCCCAGUGGGUAGUUUUCUGGAUGAACUGGUGGAAAGGCUUGUCCGCGAGUAUCCGAUGGCGCUGUACUUCCCCAUGCGCCUUUCGUUGGCAUCAUCGAAUGGUACAGCUUUCCGCCCUUUCAUAGCACGCAUUCGAUCGAGCCUACAGUUCCCCACGAUGGAUCGGUUCGUGGAAGAGCUGUACCGUGUCGUCAUGCCCGAGAAACGACUUCUUUCGGUGAUUGCGAGGCUAAAGGAACAACUGCAAACCGUAACCGACGCCAAUGAACUUCGACGGGCUGUGGAGAACGCUCUUGUCACAUCGGAUGGAAUGCACUUGUUACCUACGGAUGAUGGUGAUCACCGGUUUGGAAGUGCGUACCUGCAACUGUUGCCGCACAUUCGUCAGCUAGUAGCACUAGCCGAUCUUCAUCCCGUCGACGAACGGAACCAGAUCUUCGAGCGAUUGACUGAACUGAAUGAAGCUGUGAGAACGCUACGAUCGCAACCACUACGUCUCGAGGAUCUGUCACCCUGGUUGGCAGACUAUCAUUCCAGUGGCAAUCAGCAAGACCAGAUCGAACUACCGGCUCAGUAUGGGCGUGAUGACCGAUCGCCGAGUGCGACCAAUCAUGGCGUACGGAUUGUUAAGAUUGUGUCUGAGGUGCAAGUUUUCGGAGCCACUCUUCGUGCUCCAGUGCUAUUGACGUUUCGCGGAAGCGACGGACGAGCCCAUCGAUUCCUGGCCAAAUCCGGUGAGGAUCUACGCCAGGAUCAACGUAUUCAGCAGCUACAGCAAGAGAUCACACAUCGGCUGCGGUACGACCGCUGUUGUCGAGAGCAACGGUUGGAGCUGCGCUCGUAUCAAGUCAUCCCGAUACGCCGUGACUAUGGUUUGAUUGGUUGGCUCGAGGAUACGGUAUCGAUAAAGGAUAUCGCAAGGCAAGCGACACCGCGCUAUAAUCCCAACGAUCAAGGCCCGAACUAUGUGAUUGAACAGUAUGGACGCUUUCUGCUACAAAUAUCGAACCUUGGCACGGGCGAUCAACCUAUCACGAGCUACUUGCUGAAGUCCUCGGACCUGUACGGGAGGGCUGCUGCAUACGCCGAUCCUGUACGAUUGCGGUUAAAGUACAUCGAGCUGCAGCAAACGAUACGCCAGGAUACGCUGAAGCGUGCCUUGUUCGAUAUGGCCGUCUCACCGGAGGCGUUCUAUCGCUUGCGGAUGAACUUUGGACGAUCGUUGGCCACGAUGAACGUUACGUGUUGGGUGCUCGGGAUCGGCGAUCGUCAUCUUUCCAAUAUUGUGCUCGAACGCUCGACCGGUAAGCUGGCGGGCGUUGACUUUGGGCUAGCGUUCGGUGCAGGAACCCGUGAUCUGCCGAUACCGGAGCUCGUUCCAUUCCGUCUAACGCCUCAGUUUAUGGGUGUGAUGGAACCGUUGCGGCUGUCGGGCAUCCUGCACAAGUGUCAUCUGUAUACGCUGCAAUGUUUGCGAGAUUCCCGGAAGCUGUUGCGUGCCUGUCUGGAGGUGUUUAUCCGGGAACCGACCUUGGAUUGGCUGGAGGCGGCCAAACAGCGAACCGCUGACAGGGAGGACGACCGUGACCGUGGUGGUUCUGGCUCUUCUGGUGAUAGAUUCCCGGAAUGGAACCCGCAAACCCGGGUCGAUAUUGUUAUGCAGAAGCUGAACGGAGCCAAUCCGAAACGGUUGCUAAUGGAUGAGCUGCGGCAGGGUAUUGUGGCUCGACAGCGGGAACACCUCGUCGGGUAUUUGUCCAUUGUACAGUCAGCCGCGGAACAGGUACAGGCGGCGCUGCAAGGGAAUGAGUUGAUUUUGUCUACCACGCUGCAGGCAGCUAUGCUGCUUGAGAUGGCCAUCGAUGGAAAGCUGCUCGGCAUCACCUACGGUGGUUGGUAUCCGUGGUUCUGAUCGAUCACACCGUAUACGAUUACUCUACCUUAUAUUAGUAUUAGCAUCAUUGAUGUGUGUAAACUCAAAUCUGUCGAAUCACAAGUGUGUAUUAGACUGAGCAAGUUCCUAAACUGAUA